UAUAUAUAUAUAUAUAUUAGGGCAUCCCGUACUUUUCAAAAAACAACUUUUUUUAUAAUAAACACUUGGCCCUUGGUAUUUUUUUGCUAGAAAAUAUUUAAAUUUAGAAUCUGUUAAAAUAAAGCUGCUAUUAAUAGGUCUUCAUUUGCAAAAAUUGAUUUAUUGCUAUAUUUUAUUAACCUUAAAAUUAUCUUGAAGCGUCAAUUCAUUUUUAAGCGGAAGCAAUAAAAAACCGUGAAAACUUCUUGAUAAAAUUAAAUUUUUUACAUUUCAUAGGAAUUUUUGAAACAAAAAAGUUCUUGAUGUUCAAAUUUUUUGCAUUAUAUUUUUUGUAAUUCGCUUUUAUAUUUUUAUUAACUUUAACUCACGAAUACUAUAUAGUUGAAGUAAAAAAUAAAAUUUACAAAUUUAUUUAAAUAAAAUGAGUGGUAUAAAAACAAGAAAAAAGACAAGCACAGCAAUGUCUGACUUAAUAGGAAAAGGUAGAGACUUUGUUCCAUCUGAACUACCAACUUAUGGUGCUGUUCUUCGAAAAGCUAUCCUCAUUAAAGAGUUGUCAGAAAAAAAAAAUAUCCAUUAGAUGAUUUGGUUAGGAAAACAAGGUUAGAAGGUGUUAAACAAUGGAAAAAAGCAAACUCAGACUUUUCACAUCCAGUUAUUUUUACAGAUAAGUCCAUUGACAGAAAGAUCAAAAAAAUUUACAAUGAUGUUCAGGAUAUUUGCAGAAAAAGAUUAACUAAAAAAGUAGAAAUUGACAAAAUAAUGAAGUCUUUGUCACAACUCUUUGAUAUAACUAACUGCAAAUGUGCAAUUUUAUUUUGUAGUAAAUCAAGUUGUCUGGGAUGUGAAAAAAAAAGUUCAUAUUGACUGUAAAUGUGAAAAGUCUAUGAGGAUUCCUAUAAUAGAAUUAGGAUUUAUUCACUCACAGAGAAGUAAAGAAGGAGAGCAGUCUCAAAUUAUGAUAGGAUCAAAAGACUACAUAGAGACUAAAAGGAAGCCAAAGGCAUUUGAGCGAUGUAAUAAGAAGGAACAGAGUUUAAAAAAGUUCAAAAAAAAGGAGAUGAUGAAUAGUAUCCAUUCAAAAUAAACCUAUGCUGAGGUUUCAGAAAAAAGUAAUGAUGAAGAAGAGUGCUCUAAAAAUGAGUUUGAAUGUUCAAGUUACACUGAACAUAUUGAUUUAUUAAACAAAAGUGAUGAUUUCAAACUAAAGCGAAAUUAUAUGAAGAUUCAAAAUACUGCUAUUGCUGCAAUAAGAUAUGAAGUUUCAAACACUGCUGCAGCUGCAAUAGCUUCAGGAUUUUUAAAAGAUUUGGUAGAAGCUAAAGUUGUUCCAGAAUCAGCACUUUUUUUUUUUUUUUUUUUUUUAUUAUUGGACAAAAACAAAGUGCAUAGAGCCAAAGAUAAAGUUAUGUCAGAAUGUCAGGUUUUUGCAGAGAAUAGGUUAGAUUCUGAGAAUGUUUCUUGCAUUCUCUUUAAUGGAAGAAGUGACAAAACCAAUUUAAUGACAUUUAAUAAAGAAACUAAAAAGUUUUAUCCUUUAAUUAAAAAGGAAGAUCACUAUACUUUGACUGAUGAAUAUGGUAGAUAUCUUCAUCAUUUUACGAAAGGAGAAAUGUGUGAAAAAUCAAAAAUUAAGCCUGCUGAACAUAUAGCAAAUCAAAUAUUUCAAUGGUCUAUUUUGCAUUGUGUUGAACAUAGCUUAAAGUUCAUUGGUUGUGAUAGCACAGCUACAAAUACAGGCCACAAUGGAGGUGUUAUUGUUUAAAAAUUAAAUUAGAAAGAAAAUUAGGGUGGCUAAUAUGCUCUCUUCACACAAACGAACUUUGUUUUCGGCAUUUAGUAGAAGAGCUUGAUGGGAAGACAACCUCAAAGACAGGGUUUUCUGGACCAAUUGGUAAGUUGCUUUUCAAGGUUACUGAAAUGGAAAGAAAUUACAGUUUCAAGCCAAUAUUUUUAGGUCCUGGUUUAAUUGAACUUGAUGAGGAAAUAAUAAAGGAGUUGUCUUCCGAUCAGAAAUAUGCUUAUAAAAUAUGCCAGACAGUAAUUUCAGGAACUCUUACUGAAGAUUUGGCAAACCAAAAACUAGGCACUAUAGUUCAUUCAAGGUGGCUCAAUACAGGGUCUUCCUUACUUUUAUUGUGGAUAAGCAAGCAUGGGUUAGAGGGAGAUGUCCUAAGAAACUUAGAAUUAAUUUUUAAGUUUCUUGUAUCAGUAUUCUUCCCUAUGUGGUUCCAAAUCAAAGUGAAACAUAGCUGGAUAGAAGGGCCACAGCACAUCUUGAACCAACUUAACCUUGUCAAACUUCAAGAUAAAAAUGUACAAAAAGUUAUUGAAAAAUAUGUGAGCUCAUCAGCAUGGAAUUCUCAUUCUGAAAUCUUAUUGCAGACAUUACUUUGCAGCCAAAAUAAAAUUGAAAGGGAAUUUGCUGUAAACAAAAUUUUAGAAAUUAGAAAAUAUGAGGAAACAAGAACUCUAGCUCCUAGAACAUAUAAGCUUCCUCAUUUAAACCUUUGUGCAACCAAAUUGAUUGAGUUAAUAACAUGGGAAGCGGCCUAUGAACCUAUCUUAACCUGUCAAAUGAACAUAAAUGAGCUAAAAAAAAUCCUGGAUUGUCCUAUGGUAGUUCCAUAUUUCCCUGUUCACACACAAGGAGUUGAGAGGGCAGUUAAGGAGGUAACUGCAGCUUCUGAAACAGUGUUUGGUUUUGAGAGACGAGAUGGAUUUAUUCGUGCAAGAGCAGAAAAUAGAUCAAUAAUACCUCGUUUUAACAGCAAGAAGGACCUCAUUAAAUUUUAGCAUUCUUUUUCACCUCUAGUAGAGUUAUAAAGAUUGAAAAA